CCUUUUUUGUGCUUAUAUUUUAUAAUUAAAAUAUAUUUAGGAGUUUAUUUCCAAACUAGCAUACUACAAAAUAUCUAUAGGAUUUGAUCAUUUGACAUGAUUACAUUCCUAAAAAAUAUGUAGAGUUAAUUACCAAGUACUCCGUAUCAAGGAGUAAUAUUAUCUAAGUAGGAGCCAUUCUAAUUCAAUCCCUUUAAUAUGUCGAAACCAGCCUGUAAAGAAAAGCUUAGGAAUCUGUUCAAUUUGUUGAAACCAGUUUCUGUUAUGUUGUUGGUUCAAGUUGGAAUAGCGGGAGCCGAUAUACUUUCAAAGCUCGCUUUAUACGAUGGAAUGAACUCUCAGGUUAUGGUGGCUUAUCGUUUUCUCUUUGCAGCCGGCUUCACCAUUCCUUUCGCACUAUUCAUGGAUAGGAAUAUUUCACCCAAACCAAAGUUAACAUGGACGGUGAUUGGCCAAGCAUUUCUUUGUGGACUCCUUGGAGGAUCGUUGUUGCUAACCCUCUUAAUGGAGAGCCUGGUUUUAACAACCGUGACCUUCGUAGCUGCCAUGUCAAAUCUUCUUCCACCUAUUACCUUCAUACUUGCCGUUUGUUUCAGGUUAGAGAGCGUCUCUUUAAAAAAACUACCUGCGAUAGCAAAGGUUCUAGGAAGCUUGUUAGGGAUGGCGGGUGCAAUGCUAAUGACAUUUUAUAAAGGGGUUCAGAUCAAGCUAUGGACAACAAAUAUUCACCUACCUAACGUACCGUCCGGUGCAUCAUCACAUAAGCACGACGGGCUAAAUCUCGUAUGGGGAACGUUGUUAGCUCUAGGUUCAUGCUUAUCAUUUGCAGCUUGGUUAAUUGUCCAGGUGAAGCUGAGUAACAAUUACCCUAGUCCUUAUGCAACCACAGCCUUGAUGAGUCUGAUGGGUUGUGUCCAAGCUGUUGUAUUUGCGUUAUGUGUAGAGCACGACUGGCAGGAAUGGAAACUAGGUUGGGACAUCCGCCUUCUCGCCGUUGCCUUUUCUGGAAUAUUUGGUUCAGGUGUAUUGGUGGCUCUAACAACAUGGUGCAACAACGUCAAAGGUCCACUAUUCGUAUCCAUAUUCAGUCCGGUCACCCUAGUUGUUGCUGCCUUGGUGGGAUCUCUUAUGCUCAACGACAAACUUUACCUAGGAAGUGUGUUAGGAGCAAUAGUGAUUGUUCUUGGAUUGUACGCGGUGAUAUGGGGAAAAUCAAAAGAAGAGGAUCCAAAGACAGGAGACCGCGUAGUGAGUACUGAGUAGUAAUAGAAGAGGCAAAUGAGCAUGUGAUCUGGUAUUUGGUUGUUUUUUUACCUUUACUUUUUUCAUGUAGGCGAUGGUUGCAAUUAGAGAACCAUUACUCUUGUUUUGAUUUCUAAGUAUUCAAUGGUUAAAGUUUUAACCCUUACGCUAUUAUGUGAAUCAUCCCAUAAUCCGGCCUGUAUAUCUUACCUCUUUAGGUUGGUUUAUUGUUGCUAAUGAAGCACUAAUUUUUAGUUUUCUAAAUUGGCAAAUGAUACUAUUAUGUACAUAUUUCAUAUUAAGUAGACAUCGUAUAAAUAA